GCCGCCCGCUCGCCGUGCGGCCUGUCGCAAAGAGAAUGGCGGCGCCCGCGUACCCGGCCUGGGUGACCCGGUGGGUCUCCGGGCAGUGGCGGCAGAAGAAGCGGCCUCCGGUUAUCCGCCCCACGCGGCCGCUGGUGCUGGCCAACAGGGUUGCGAACCGCAAGGAGCAGGCGGGAGAGGCAACGUGCAUUACGGAGAUGUCAGUAAUGAUGGCCUGCUGGAAACAGAAUGACUUCAGCAACUCAGCUUGUGCCGAGGAGAUCCGGACAUUCUAUGACUGCGUGGCAAAGGCAGAAAAGGAACGCAGGGAGAAAACUAAGGAGGAUAUCCUGGAACCCAGGGGAAACUUGACUUCAAGCAAAGUGAACAGGCUCCUGAGGAGGUUUCCUAAUAUCACACGUUAUGUUUAAUGUGCUUUACUAAGGGACUGUGGAGAAGCAACUAAAGCUGGGAUCAUUUUCGGAGAAGAAUUGAAAAACGGAGUUCAGUGAGUGUUUGCUGUCAGGUGGUGUCUGCCAGCACUGCUGUAUGGCUCUCAACCAACAGGUCUUUGUUUCCCAGCAGCUGAGUGAGUUCAUGAUGUUCUUGGGUCUUGCAGUCUUAAGAUUUCUGCAAUAUGCUAUUCAGCCAGCCACAGUGUGGGGUCAGGUCCUCACUGUGAAAUAAAAUCUUCUAGGAAUGCAUCUAAAUGUUUUUUUUUCUAACAAUUAGGGAGUGACUUCACUUAAUGUGUAAGCUUCCAGCCUAACUCAUGAGCUGCUAUCAGAAAGUAUUCAUGCCUUGACAUUGAGCCAACUUAAAAUUGAUAAUAAUCUAAUGACUCACACUCCCACACAUCUGUAUAUAUAAUUUGGUUCCCCUUGAAAUUUUUUGAAUUCCUGCUCAUUUACAAGAGGACUGGAGAAUGAGGAAGAAAUCACCAGCCAGAUUACCUUGCUAGCAUACAGUACACUGGGAGGACUUGAAUAUGACUUUAAUGUGGAUGCUUGUGAUUUAGCUCCUCUGAUUUGUAGGUGGGACAGAUAUGGUGCCAUGUCCGAUUGAUUAUAUUAUCUGUACUAUAAUAAAGUAAUGUAAGACUCUU